GAAAAAAAUUGCGAAUGAAAAUGAGAAAUCAAAGCAAUGAUGCUCAGAAGGGGAAAGAUUUUCGGAGGUAGAAUGAUUCCAGUUUUUGCUGUUAUAGCUUUGUUUUUCUUGGACGCAGAGAGUAGGAACGCCACAACAGGGCAAAACAUUUUACCGGCACCUAUGAUCGUACAACCAAAAGGACAAAAUUCCACCGUAAAUUGCACGACAAGCAAUAAAAGACAGUUCCUACCAAGCGAAUGCAUUGAUGUUACUCAAGCAGUGCAAUCCAAUCAGCAUGUGAAUCGGAUUUUUCAUCCACACGAACCCUACAUCAAUGACGCAACUCCGAUCAUGCCAAUCCAUGCAGUCGACUCUAUUCCAUGGAUUAACGAUUAUCAGCCGGUCGAGCCGAUUCAAGACGAUAACGAUAUUGACGACGAAGAGGACGACGAUGAAGAAGACGAUCGCCGCAAUAAAAUUCGGAAAAAAUUGCACACAAAGAAGAAUAGAAGACUUCGUCACAAAGACAUACUCAUGGAGGUUCAUCAAAUCAUUGAUAGCCAAAAAGCAAAACAAAAAUUUCUAGGGCCGAAUGACAUACCAGUACAGGAAAAAGAAGAAAAAUCCAAAACCAAUACAAAAACACUGAUAAAAAACUUUAGAAAACUAAACCCUAAUCGAAAAGGGCAACUCGCUAAGAAUAAAAAUUCCCGGCCUAAAAGAAAUGUUGAAAACAAAAUGCAAGAUCAGCAGAUAAUUUUUCCAGUAAAGUUGGGAAGUAUGCUAAAAAGUUUCAUCAAACGAACAUUGGUUAGAAGACUUAGGCUUUUAAAACUCGAUAAUACUAAAAAAGACCUAAUAGCUGCCAAUUCAUUCCCUGGAAUUUUCAAAAAGAGCCUGGUGCAAACAGAUACUAGCAUAAAGGCCCCCGUUGCAUCAAACGUUACUUCCGAAGAACCUAUAAUCAAGAAUCUGAUUUCAAUACGUGGAUUAGUUCCCAUGAUUCCUGGAAAGCCAAAAGUCGAAAAACCAUCGCUAGAGCCGUUAAAAAGCAUACAGCAAACUGACCCGCAGCCUGCUAUUCCGGGUAUCCAACAAAAGAUGCAAAAAGCAGAAACACUUGAAAAAGAAGAAAUAAAAAUAGACAAAUUGAAAGAUCUGGAUAAAGUCCCUGAUAUAAAAUUGAAGAAACCGUGACUUGAUUAUUGACUUAGUAAACAUACAAUUAGUUUCAGGGUUUUUCAAACACAUUCGUAGAAAUGGGUAGGCGGAAUGUGUUGAGCCCAGAAGACAUGCAUUUAGUUACAUGGACGGGUAUGGCUUGGCGGAAAUCGAGAAACACACUUACGAAAUAAUAGUUUGGCUGUUCGAACAUAACGAUAAAUAUCAUAUUCAGAAUAGAUAUCUUAAAAUAUACGUAUGUGACAAGAAAAUGGCCUAAACGGAUAUUUACAAAAGAUUUAAAGUCAACAUUGCACUAGCACACUAAUGACGUUAAUUUGUAUAUUUUAUAUAGUUCCUUACAUAAUAUUGUAUAAAGUUUAGUUAUCAUACAGAAA